AUGCCUCCAACUCGCCGUCUUCGCAGCAAACGCUACCUGCUCGACAACACGGACACAUUUGCCGGCGGAUCUCCCGAGCCUGAGGAGCUGGUCGAGUCAGCAAUCGAGGAGGAACCGCCCACUCGCUGUCUGCGCAGCAAGAAUUCGCUCCUCGCUCACACCUCAAAGUUCGCUACCGAAACCCGGGACCCAGCCUCCAGGUUUCUGGAUCUACCCGCUGAACUCCGAAAUCGAAUCUACUCCCUACUCCUCGAGGACGAGAACCCCCUGCAGCUCGGCUACGAAGACAAGCAGCGCAAGCACCUCACCCUAAAAUCCAGCAAAAAGACCCCAAAAGCGCACCUCCACCCCGAGAUCCUCCUCACAUGCCACCAAAUCAACUCCGAAGCCACACCAAUCCUGUACGGCAACAACACCUUCUCCUUCAACCACGGCAGUACCCUCGACGUCCCAUCCAUCCUCUCCCAUUUUCCUAGCUCCAUCAAGUACAUCCGCCACAUCAGUCUCUACAUCACGAGUCUCGUCGGUCUGGAGCGGACUUGCGAGAUCCUUGGGGCGGCUAAAGAUCUUAAGAGCUUCGAGAUCUCUGGCCAGAGAGGGGGGGGCGUGGUCGCUCUGGCUGAGAAUGGGAGGGAUGCCGUUGGUGGGAGGACUGUGGGUGUCGAGGAGGUUGUGAGGAUUGAGAAGUGGAAGAGUGUUGGUGAUGAGAGCCAUCGGGAGUUCGUCGAGGCGAUGAGGGAGAAUAUUAGGAGGCUGAUGGAGUGGCGGAGGGAGCGACGGGAGUGGUAUGAUGCGUUUUGA